ACGGGCUGCAGACGAGACGUCGCCCAUGCUCAGUCCGUCGGACGCCGCAUCCCCCAAGAAAGACUACAAGACGCUCUCGCCUGGCAUGCGCGCACGCGCCGACACCGAUAACGACGUCGCACAGCAACAUGCGCACUUUGGGCCUGCAGCCACGGAUUCCGGGCGAGCAGAAGACGACAACGACGACGGCAAUACCGCAGAGCAAGACGGCACAGCGGGCGCGGUACAGCCUGCGCGCAGCCAGAAAUGCACAAAUGGCAGCAGCACGGGUGCAAAUCAAUUCGACUCUGCCGCCUCGUCUGCGCAGCGCCACGACGCCCGGUCUGCAGGCAGUGCGGCGGCGGAAGCCGAGCGCCGGGAAAAAGGGUGGUGGGCCGAGUUCUGGGAGAAGUACGGGAGCAUAGAGUUGGAUAACAAGGGGAGUGUAGCGCGGGAUCAUUUGGCCUUGGAACGCACAUUUCUAGCUUGGCUCCGCACAUCGCUCUCGUUUGCCAGCAUCGGCAUUGCCAUUACCCAGCUGUUCCGCCUGAACACCUCGCUGUCGAAUGCGCCGGACUUCCAGUCGCCCGCGUCGCCGCAGGCUAAGCUGCGGCAGCUGGGGAAACCCCUCGGCGCCACCUUUAUAGGCAUCAGUAUACUCAUGCUGCUGAUUGGCUUCCACAGGUAUUUUGAGGCCCAGCAUUAUGUGAUUCGCGGCAAGUUUCCUGCGUCCAGGGGAAGUAUCAUUCUGGUGAGUGGGAUUGCUGGUGCGCUGAUUGGAAGCAGUCUUGUUGUCAUCUUGGUUACGGCGCCAAAGGCAUUUGAGACGUGAGAAGUAAUAAUGAAGAGGAAGAAGAAGAAGAAGAAGAAAAAAAAUACACGAGAAAUAAUGAAAUACAAGAGGAAGGGAGAAGGAAAAAAAAUGAGAACUAAUGAAGAGGAAGACGAGGACGAAGAAAAGUUGGUAAACUUGCUCACUUUGCAUGCUU